CUAUAGCAACGGUAGCUAGCUAGCGGCUGGGAGAGUGGCGAUAGGCCAUGUCUGGCCCGACGGAUGAGACGGCUGGAGACCUGCCUGUGAAAGAUAUAGGCCUAAACCUCUUUGGAAUGGGCGGGUUACAAGAAACGUCAGCAUGGACAGCCAAGUCUCGUCAAGCAGUAUCACGGAUUAGUCGUGAAGAGUUGGAGGACAAGUUUUUACGUUUGCAUGAUGAAAAUACACUACUUAAACAGCAUGCCCGCAAGCAAGAGGAUAAAAUUAAAAGAAUGGCCACCAAGUUAAUACGGCUAGUUAAUGACAAGAAAAGAUAUGAACGGACUGGUGGCGGCCCCAAGCGGCUGGGACGAGACGUGGAAAUGGAAGAAAUGAUUGAACGACUGCAAGACAAAGUUCAUGAGCUUGAAAGACAAAAUGAAGUCCUCAAAAACAGACUGAUUUCAGCCAAACAGCAACUUCAAAUCCAGGGUCACAGACAAACUCCCUAUAAUUACGUGCAAUCCCGUAUUAACACCGGACGUAGAAAAGCAAGUGAAAAUUCAGGCUUCCAGGAAUACCCCAGGAAAGGUAAUAAAGUCCAAGGUGGAGACAUAGCAGAAACUGUACACUCUGUGCCUACAAAAUAUAGCAGCAAUUUACUUGAAGAAGCCAAAGGAGAAAUAAGAAAUUUAGAAAACGUUAUCCAGUCACAGAGAGGCCAGAUAGAAGAAUUAGAGCACUUGGCUGAGAUCCUGAAAACUCAGUUGAGGAGAAAAGAAAAUGAAAUUGAGUUAUCUCUUCUUCAACUUCGAGAGCAGCAGGCUACAGAUCAAAGGUCAAAUAUUCGGGACAAUGUAGAAAUGAUUAAGCUACAUAAGCAACUCGUGGAAAAAAGCAAUGCUCUUUCAGUUAUGGAAGGGAAAUUUAUUCAGCUUCAAGAGAAGCAAAAAACUCUUAGGAUCAGCCACGAUGCCCUGAUGGCCAAUGGAGAUGAACUUAAUAAGCAGCUUAAAGAGCAACGUUUAAAAUGCUGCCGUCUGGAGCAGCAGCUGCACGCCAAGAUGUUUUCUGAAAGGAGAAUCGAGGAGCUGCAGGAUAGAAUUACUGAUUUAGAAAAGGAACGGGAAUUGUUAAAGGAAAACUAUGAUAAACUUUAUAACAGUGCCUUCAGUGCUGCCCAUGAGGAGCAAUGGAAGUUAAAGGAACAGCAGCUGAAAGUGCAGGUCGCCCAGCUCGAGACUGCCCUAAAGUCUGACCUCACCGACAAAACUGAAAUCCUUGACAGAUUAAAAACCGAAAGAGACCAGAAUGAAAAACUUGUUCAGGAAAAUAGAGAACUACAGUUACAGUGUCUUGAACAGAAGCAACAACUUGAUGAACUUAAAAACCGCAUGAAGUUUUACAACCAGGAGAGUGAUAUUAAUGCUGAUGAGUUGAGUGAAGCUCUCCUGCUUAUAAAGGCCCAAAAAGCACAAAAAAAUGGAGACCUUUCCUUCCUAGAGACAAUAGACAGUAAAAUUAUUAAAGACCGAGAGCACAGCAUGAGAGAACUGCAAGCAACUCACGCAGAGACAAUACAGGAACUCGAAAAGACAAGGAACAUGCUGAUUAUGCAACAUAAAAUUAAUAAAGAUUAUCAGAUGGAAGUUGAGGCGGUGACCCAGAAGAUGGAAAAUUUGCAGCAAGAUUAUGAACUCAAAGUAGAACAAUAUGUUCAUCUUCUCGAUAUUAGGGCUGCACGCAUCCAGAAACUAGAAGCCCAGUUAAAGGAUAUUGCCUAUGGCACCAAGCAAUACAAAUUUAAACCAGAAAUUAUGCCAGAUGACUCUGUUGAUGAAUUUGAUGAAUCCAUUCAUUUAGAACGAGGAGAAAACCUAUUUGAAAUCCAUAUCAGCAAAGUAACCUUUUCAUCAGAAGUUUUUCAGACCUCCGGGGAUAAAGAACUUGUCACUUUCUGUACCUAUGCUUUCUAUGAUUUUGAGCUUCAGACAUCUCCUAUAGUGCGAGGCCUUCAACCAGAAUAUAACUUCACUUCUCAGUAUCUCAUUCAUGUUGAUGAUCUAUUUUUACAAUACAUCCAGAAGAAUACUAUCACCCUUGAGGUACACCAAGCUUACAGCACAGAUUAUGAAACAAUUGCAGCAUGUCAACUGAAGUUCCAUGAAAUUCUAGAAAAAAGUGGUAGAAUAUUUUGUACAGCAAGUUUGGUGGGAACUAGAGGAGACAUCUCCAAAUUUGGCACAGUAGAUUACUGGUUCCAAUUGAGAGUUCCCAUGGAUCAAGCAAUUCGACUUUAUCGAGAACGGGCAAAAGCAUUGGGAUAUAUAACAUCAAAUUUUAAGGGACCAGAGAAAACACAAAUGUUAAGCCGGCAAGCACCCAAAACUGCUGAGCCCAGUUCUUCCGAGUCCACAGAUGGCAACUUAAACGAGCUUCAUAUUACAAUAAAAUGUUGCAGCAACCUGCAGUCCAGAGCAAGCCACCUUCAGCCACACCCAUAUGUUGUGUACAAGUUUUUUGAUUUUACAGACCAUGAUACAACCAUCAUUCCCAGUAGCAAUGAUCCAGAGUUUGAUGAUCAUAUGUGUUACCCAGUGCCGAUGACUAUGGAUUUGGACCGAUACCUUAAGUCAGAGUCUCUGAGUUUUUAUGUAUUUGAUGAUAGUGAUACCCAGGAUAAUAUUUACAUAGGAAAGGUCAAUGUACCUCUGAUUUCAUUGGCACAUGACAGGUGUAUCUCAGGGAUAUUUGAGUUAACAGAUCAGAAAACACGUCCUGCAGGAGCCAUCCAUGUCAUAUUGAAAUGGAAAUUUGCUUACCUACCUCCAAGUGGAUCCAUCCUAACCGAAGACUUAGGAAAGGUCAUACAUAAAGAAGAGUCAGAAGUUACUCCAAGACUACCUCCAGCACCCUCUGUCAGCACACCCACACCAGUCGUGGCACCAACACCUAAACCGAGACAACGUUUGAUAAAACCUGUAGAAAAGAAGGUAUCUUUCGUGGAUAUUACACCAAAUCAGAGUUCUGAGAUAUCUACUCCUCCUGAAGAUAUGAAAAAAAUUUCACCAGAAGUAAAACAUAAACCAGAAACAGAAAUUAAUAUUCCAGCUGUUCCACAUUUUCCUAAGGGUUUUCAAGAAAGUAAUGUAAAUAAGGUAAAAGAGAAUAGUGAGAAAAUGCAGCAAGGAAAAGAGGAUGAUCUGUCUUUACUGUCAGAAGGUCAGUUUGCAGAACGAAGUUCGACUUCUGAAGAUGAAACAGAAAUAACUGAGGAAUUGGAACAAGAAGAUGAAGAAGACAGAUCAGCUUCUGACAGUGAUGAGUGUAUUAUUCCGGCAGCUGUCUCCAAGAAUAUCCAACCGCCAUCUGAAAAAAUUCGAAUUGAGAUCAUAGCUCUAAGCCUUACUGAUUCUCGAGUGGCUGUAGAUGACACUAUUCAACGACUGUUUGUUGAGUGCAGGUUCUACAGUCUUCCUGCCGAAGAAACACCUGUAUCACUUCCAAAGCCCAGGAGUGGACAGUGGGUCUACUAUAACUACAGCUAUGUCAUCUAUGUGGAUAAAGAAAACAACCAAGCAAAGAGGGACAUCUUGAAAGCUGUACUGCAAAAACAAGAGAUGUCGAACAAAAGCAUCCGCUUCACUGUGGUCAGUGACCCUCCCGAGGACGAGCAGGAUCUGGAGUGUGAGGACAUCGGCAUUGCCAAUGUCGAUCUGGCCGAGAUGUUUCAGAAAGGGAGAGACAUUGUGGAGCAAGAUAUUGAUGUUUUUGAUGCGCGCACAUAUGGAAAAUGCAUUGGCAAACUCAGGAUAACAGUGGACGCCCUCCAUGCCCUGCGGUCCAUCACUGAGGAAGCUUGAAUGAAGCAGCUUCGGGGCAGCCCUUACUCCUGAGUAAAUGCUCCUGGGAAGCCUCGCAGAUGAUAUUUUUGUAAUUAUUCCAGUGUAUAUAAUCUAGAGUUCUUAAA